GUUGAUAUAUUUCAAUUGUCUGUCCUUGAAAUUGAGGACAAACAUUUACCCGUCGGAUUUCCUAUCGAUACUCUUCCUCUGGCUGAGCAUAAGAGUGUUGAAUUCUCAAUAAACGAAGGAGUAUCAUCUCCAUCACUACCAUCUACAGAUAACAGUCAUUUGUUUCAUAUUGAACGUUAUAUGGAGGGUGAAUAUCGUAAAUAUAAUUCCAACUCUGGCUUUGUCACUGACGAAUUACGAAACACUCCUCAGGCGUUCAGUCACUUCACCUUCGAACGCUCGGGACAUCGUCUUCUAGUAGUUGACAUACAAGGUGUCGGUGACCUAUAUACAGACCCACAGAUCCAUACAGCUGAUGGCGUUGGCUAUAGCGACGGUAAUCUAGGUCCACGAGGCAUGGCUCUUUUCUUUCACAGCCACCGCUGCAACCCACUUUGCGAGUGGCUUGGUCUCACUUCAUUUGAUUUGGCUCCGUCUGAAAAAGCAGCUCAAUUGACUCAAUUGCAGCGUCAGCAGGCGGCACGAGUUUCAUCUGCUGCCCCUGUCUCGUAUGAGGCUUCGGGUGCAAUGGCUCUUGAUCCCAUUUUCGCCACCAGGGGCGAUGUUGUGGAUCCUGUCUUCGAUUCUGAAGACAAAGAAGUUGCUGACGAGGCAGUUUUUCUUUUGGCAAAAAAAACUGAUCACUCAACUCCACUAAUUGACAAAUCUUUCGGACAAUAUGAUGCUAUUGACUCAGUAGGAUCUCAAGAGGCUCAUCUUUGGUGCGGCGUUGUGCUGGAAAUUUUUUAA